CACCUUUGACCUGCAGCUCUGUCAACAGGACUCUAAGCUGCUCACGGAGACGCCAGAGCGUCCAAAUCCACCAGUAGCAACCGGUUAGUCACAUGACCAGCGUGCAGAGCUGCUGUCUGUGUGUAUGUGUAUCUGUGCUGCUUUUAUUUCCGCGUUCACCCAGGGAGAAGAGCAGAAAGAGCCGAGCUGAAUGAGUUUUUACGGCCGCCUUGUGUCUGCACAUUUGACGCCGAUAAACUGCGUCGUCGUGCGGGCGGGAACUAACGCAAUCGCAUCGCUGCUGCAGGACCAUGCUCACGCGGGUGAAAUCGGCGGUGGCCAAUUUUAUGGGAGGUAUGAUGGCUGGUGGAUCCAACGGUGACCAUCCCGGUGGCUCGGAUCUGCCGCUCAGGUUCCCGUACAGCAGACCGGAGUUCCUGGGACUGUCGCCGGACGAGAUUGAGUGCUCGGCGGAUCACGUCGCCAGACCGAUCCUCAUCCUGAAGGAGACCAAGCGGCUGCCUUGGUCCACCGGCUACGCAGAGGUCAUCAAUGCAGGAAAAAGCACGUUAAAUGAGGACCAGGCCUGCUGUGAGGUGCUGGUGGUCAAAAGGAGGCCUGCAGGAAACUCCACACCUAACCGGACCCCCAUGGCCCGUAGGAGGUCCUCCCUGCCUAAUGGAGACGGUUUGAACAUCAGAGACAUCCAGGACUGCUCUGAAGAUCUAACCUUACACUACUGGGCGCUGUUUGAUGGACACGCUGGCUCUGGUGCUGCUGUGGUCGCUUCUCGCCUUUUACACCACCACAUCGCCCUGCACCUUCAGGAGGUGAUGGAGAUCCUCUGCAACCCAAACCUUCAGCCCCCCACGUGCCUCGGGGAGGAGCCCAUCAAUCACCUCCUCACCCCGACGUCCCAGCGCGCCCUCACUAGGGCCGCCUCGCUCCGAGGGGCAGCAGGAGCUCCGGGCUCGCCCAGCACCCCACCGACACGCUUCUUCAUAGAGAAGAAAGUUUCACAUGAGAGCCUGGUGAUCGGAGCCAUUGAGAACGCUUUCAAAGACAUGGAUGUACAGAUAGAGAAGGAGAAGGCACUCUACAACAUCUCAGGUGGCUGCACAGCACUCGUGGUUGUCUUUUUGCUCGGAAAGCUCUACGUUGGGAAUGCCGGGGACAGCAGAGCUAUCAUUAUCCGAGCCGGAGAGGUCAUCCCCAUGUCAGCGGAGUUCACACCGGAGUCAGAGAGACAGCGACUGCAGUUCCUGGCCUACAUGCAGCCCCACUUAUUAGGGAACGAGUUCACACAUCUGGAGUUUCCGAGGAGAGUCCAGAGAAAGGAGGUGGGGAAGAGAAUGCUGUACCGUGACUUCACCAUGUCAGGAUGGGCGUACAAAACCAUAGAUGACGAUGACCUGAAGUUCCCCCUGAUCUACGGCGAAGGCAAGAAGGCUCGUGUGUUGGCAACCAUCGGGGUCACCAGAGGUCUCGGGGACCACAACCUCAAAGUGCAUGACUCAAAUAUCUACAUUAAGCCUUUCCUGUCCUGCUGCCCAGAGGUGAAAGUUUACCCUCUGGCUCAGAGCGAACAUGGAGCUGAUGAUGUUCUGGUGCUGGGAACUGACGGUCUGUGGGACAUCCUCUCCAACCAGGAAGUAGCUGAAGCGGUCACCUGUUUCCUGGCAAACUGCGACCCUGACGACCAGCACAGGUAUACAAUGGCGGCUCAAGACCUGGUGAUGAGAGCACGAGGGGUGCUGAAGGAUCGAGGCUGGAGGAUAUCAAACGACAGAUUAGGCUCAGGAGAUGACAUCUCUGUCUUCAUCAUCCCGCUCAUGUACGGCAACAAGCAGAACUAGCAAAACUACGAACAAGGAACUGAAACUAAACCCCUUCAAAGUUAUCUCCUGAAUUUGUCCCUAUCCCUUGUGCUCCUUGUUAAAGUGCUUUAUUGUGGACUUCCUCCUCAGCUGAGGGAUCCAAGACAUUUCUGGUCAGAGAUGUAGUCUCUGUCCUGGCUGUUUUCCUGUCAAUCAUCUUCAGGUUAGAUGAAGUUUUUAAAGAAGCUGUUGGUGAAGCUGAAUCACUAAAAGAAGCCAUCUUGAAUAAGGGUAAUGCCUGAGUUCUAGAGCAUGGACUCUCAUGGAUGUGAUGGAGACGUGCAACUCAGGAUUGCUUCUAAAUGAUUGCACAAUAUUUAUAAGUGUAAAAAAUGUAAAUACUUGAAGGCGUGUGACUUUUGCGAAGUAUGUUUGUUUGAACACCUGUACAGUGUAAAAAACUUACCUGAGGACCGAUGUCCUGCAUUAUAAAUCAAACUUCCACUGUCCCAUGUAGAGCCUUGAAAUUCUCAUGACAGUUUGUCAGCUGCUUCUCCUAACAGCUGUUUCAGAGCGGGUGUGUGACUGCUGUGUAACAGCUGUAUCAUGGCUUGAUUUUCAUUUUGAUGUGCAUGCUAACAAGUCAGGGCUUUCAGACUUAAGCACCACAUCUCCCCCCUGAUUGUCUAUUUUUUCCACGCUCCGUGUUCGUCCCUCAGACAAAAUGGACCAGUAAAUGAUACACAGAAAGCCAUUUCGCCUUGUUUUUCGCAGAUAUAUAUGUCCACAUUGGUAGUUGAUGUCACAGAGAAGAUGAACACAGUACGGCUACACUUCGGAUCUGUGCUUUUCAAAGUUAAAUCACAAUCAGGCAUUUAUAGGUUCUUUGCAGAUGGCAUUACCCAGCAGAGGAGAACCUUUUUAGUAGUGAUUUCUGCAUGGAGAAACGCUACCAAAAAAGCUAUUUUUGAGCUGUUUACAACCACAAAGCCGUCCAGUUUGGUUCAGUACAGUUUUGUCAUAGUUAAGCACAUUAACUCUGAUCUCACCCAUGUUUUCUCAGCUGAUGUCUGUCCAGUCUUGUUUGUUGUGACAAGAAAUCUGUCUCUUUUAAGAGAUCCAAAUCAUUGGCUCAGCUCAGUAGAGCUGGUUGUGUGGCUCUCAAACAGUGCUUUAUUUUAUUCAAAUUUUAAUUAAGUAGAGACAAAGGAUGGAGGAAAGGAAAUUGGCACUCAAACGGGAGCUAGGUACCAAGCUUGUUCAUGAACAGCUCAUCAUGUUUCGAUUGCCUACCCCACAAGGUUUAUUUGGUUGAUAGUACAUCACCAUUUAAUUAAAAGUAUGUUUGUGACAAAACAAGAUUUUUUUUAUGUUAAAGGGGCUCAGCUAGCUAGCUCCUCAAAACUCUUGUCUCCCUUCAUCUGAGAAGACGGCACCAGACACUAGGAGGUCUGCCGGACUGAGAAAUUUGUGAAACGGAUCACUUCUAUGCCAGGCAAAUUUGUUAAACUGUGGUAAAAAUGUAUACAGAAAAUUUCUAAUGAGAAUUUCAGCAUAGAGGUCAGUUUACAGCUGUUAAGUACCAACUUUCCUCCAUUCACAUUCAUUCCCAAUGGCUGCCCCCCGCUUCCUGAGCCCCAAGGGACAAACAACUUGUACAGAGAAACAUCUCUGUGCACAAUGCCUUUAUUCUGAAUUUUUUAAUGCUCAGUUAAACGAGCCACAGCCAGCAUGCACCCUGUCUGAAAUGGCUGUAAUGCCACAGUUUUUGUUCAUUAAUGCCAUAAAUAUUUUAGCCUCUUACUACUGAAGGAAAAUGGCUUCCUUUGAAACUGAAGAAACACAUUUAUGAAGAAAACACCACCGAAAAGAGCGAACUGAAUUUCCCACCUGAAACACAAAAUAUCAUCAUUCCCCGAUAUAAUCCUUCAGGGAUUUUUCUCUGAGAACGUACUUAGUGGACACAGGCCUUUAAGCUUGCAAUCUAACACUGUUUUUGCCCUGGCAAAGCUUACUCUCUGUACAAAACCAUCACAGUUACAGCACCCUCUGUGCAAAAACACCUUCACUUUCAGCUGUUUUUUUAUUGUUACGCUCAUAUCUAGUUGAAAAUAGUUCAAUCCUUGGAACACCACCAGACUCAGCAAUGUCACUUCUCUCUCACCAACCAAAUAAAAUCAAACAGGGGUUGGACUUGAAAAGACAAGUCAGAUUUUUUUUUUCCCUGCCUUCCUUGUUGACAUAGCUGAUAUUUUAAGAGUACAAUUUCCUGGUCUAGUGUUAAGUGUGAUGUCGUAGUUGGGAAUGACAUCACACCCGAGCUGACUUCAUUCCAGUUACUAUAAGUUUGUAACUCUGGGAACUGAUGUUCCUCCAGGUUUGUGAGUCAGAUUUCCAAGUUGAGAGGGCAUUUGGGAUGAGGUGUCUAGUUGGCAUCUCUCCAAGUUCUGAGAUCAGCUGGAACGAACCAAAAAAGCUGUUAGUUAUGACAUUAUCCCGUUCUUUCAUGUUUUAACUGCUGAAAUUUCCUUACCAUAACAAUUAUUAUAUGCAGGGAGUUUGGUAUGCAGAUAGCCUAGAAGUUAGGUUGUGCCAGGCAGCCCCGGGUUCAAGUCUGACCUGUGGCUUUUUCCUGCAUGUCAUUCCCCACUCUCUCAUCCCCGUUUUUGACUAUCUUCUGUCCUUUUCAUCAGUGAGGAAAUAAAAAACCCUGAAAUAAAAAUCUUAAGAGUAUACAGGGCUUUUAUAAUAGAACUUACACCAAGGCAAACCAGUUUUGACAUUAAAUUUGACUCAAUUUUUCUGUUGUAGUCAUUUGCCAUUAGACAUCUACCUCAUAAUUUCCUUCCUUGUUUUAACCAUUCCAAAUGCUGCCAUUGUCCUUUAUAUGUGGCUGUUAGCAUGCUCAUCAGCAGCAUCAUUGGCUCCUACACCUGUGCCAUUAUUGUUGGCACUUUAAUCAGUAUGAAUGUUUCCAAGAAAGCACUAAAGAAAACCACAGCCAAACAGGGAGCUGUGUGAUUACUGCUGUUUUAUAGAACAUACAUUUUUAAUCUAUUUUAUGCUCCCUGCCCUGUCAUGCCCAUGUUUUUCUUUACCUUUUCUCACUACCAGUUGGAUGUAUUUCCCCUCUUAAGACGAAUUUUUCCUUGAAUUGCAGGUGCCUCUAAAAAUGUCCUUUUAUCACUUAAGGUCUGUAAAGUCUGUUUAAAUGUCUGCAAUGAUAGAAAUGUUUAUGUCUUUUCUGUCAUUUUUUCCUUGACUCUGUGGUCUUCCACUUUAAGUUUGUUGUGGUUUUCCGCUUCUGAAUAUUCUUCUGGCACAUUUUUAUCUCUGAAAUGCUGUAGGGUUGACUAAAACUGGUAAAAAUGAAACAGAGUAAUAUAUUAGUGUAAAAAUGUAAAUAAUGUUUUCAGUGGAUUCUUCUCUCCUUUUUAUUACUGUAAGUGAUGUUCACCUUACUAAAACAAGAUGUCAUUUGUUCCGUUGUAGAGACCAGGAAACAGAGAAUAAUGGAUUACAUGCUCAUUUUUUUCUGCUGUAUUAAAACUCAAAUGGACAAUUUCU